CGAAACGAAACGAAACAGAACGAAAGACAUACGAAUCAAAGGAAAUCGCUACCUACUCGCGUAAAUAUACAGUUUUGUAAUGUUUUAUCGUGCAUUUAUUAAAUCCUAAGUAGUGUAGCAUGAUGAUAUGAGUACUAAACAAUAUAAAUCAAAAGAAAUAUGUUAUUGUUCAAGUGUAGUGACGAAUGUUUUGGAGGAGAAAGUGUCAUGUGAAACUGGAGAAUUGCCUUCAAUGAUGUGGAAGAGGUCGAUUGUGCAAGCGGCGGAGUACGCUCGCGGCGCCACGGCCCUGGCGCUCGCGCUGCUCGUAUUCACGAUGGUUUGUGGGGAGGUGACGUGCGCGGACCUGGUGAUCGAGAUCCCGGGGUCCGGCGCGGAGGGCGGCCGCUACCGGCUCGACUACCGGCCGCCGCACGGCAAGCCCGCGCCCAACUACACCGUCCCGGCGCGGGCCUCCACUAUCAACUUCCAGGGCCUGCCCGGCACCAAGUACCACUUUAUGCUGUACUACUCCAAUGCCACCUUCGCAGAUCUGCUCACGUGGAACCAGACUAUCAUCACAGCGCCGGAGCCGCCCACCAACCUGACGGUGACGCUGGGCCGCAACAAGCAGGCCACCAUCGCCUGGUCGCCGCCCGCGCACGGGGACUACUCCGGGUUCCGGUUUAAGGUGAUCCCGCUGUCGGAGCGGCCGGGCGCGGACGCGGCCCGCAACAUCUCGGUGGAGGGCGCGGGCAACUGGACGCACACGCUGCGCGAGCUGGCGCCCGGCGCCACCUACCAGCUGCACGCCUUCACGCUGCUGCACGACAAGGAGAGCGCCGCCUACGCCUCCAGGAACUUCACCACACGGCCCAACACGCCGGGCAAGUUCAUCGUGUGGUUCCGCAACGAGACCACGCUGCUGGUGCUGUGGCAGCCGCCCUACCCGCCCGGCCAGUACACGCACUAUAAGGUGUCGAUAGUGCCUCCGGACGCGCUGGAGUCCGAGCAGUACGUGGAGAAGGAGGGAGAGCCGCCGGGCCCAGCGCAGGCCGCCUUCAAGGGGCUGGUGCCGGGGCGGCCCUACAACAUCUCGGUGCAGACGGUGUCGGAGCCCGAGAUCUCGGCGCCCACCACCGCGCAGUACCGCACCGUGCCGCUGCGGCCGCGGAACGUCACGCUGGACGCCGCCGCGCUCAGCGAGACCGGCUUCCGCGUCACGUGGCUGCCGCCGCUCGAGGAGAGCGAGUUCGAGCGCUACCAGGUGUCGGUGGCGGGCGCGGGCGCGGCGCGGCGGCCGGCGCCCGUGCUGCGCGCGCGCAACGAGUCGGCCAGCGCCGCCUUCGACGCGCUGGAGCCGGGCGCGCGCUACACCGUCGUCGUCAAGACCAUGUCCGGCAAGGUCACCUCGUGGCCCGCCUCGGCCGAGGUCACGCUCAAGCCGCUGCCGGUGCGCAACCUGUCGUGGCGGCUGGCGGCGGGCGAGGCCGUCACGGUGGCGUGGGCGCCCGCCGACCACAGCACGCAGGACGAGUACAAGGUGUCAUACCACGAAGCGGGUCCCGCGCGUGACGACAGCAACACGCUGACCACGCCAGCCACCAACGUCACGCUGGAGGCUCUGCUGCCCGGGAGGAACUACACCGUCACUGUGUGCGCGGUGUCCCACGGCGUGGAGUCGAACGAGAGCCAGUUCUCGGUGCUGACGCGGCCGCUGGCGCCCGUGCUGCUGGGCGCCGAGCCCGGGGCGCGCGCCCUGCGGCUGGCGUGGCGCUCCGACGUCAACUCGCGCCAGGACCGCUACCAGCUGCGCUACCGCCCGCUGAAGCAUGCCCAGCCGCGCACGCUGGAGACUCAAGACACAAGUGCAGAACUUGAAGACUUAUUCCCGGGUGCGGUGUACGAGAUACAAGUGGUGGCCAUAAGUCACGGUCUGCGUAGCGAGAAACACACAAUCUACAAACCAGUCCGUCCCCUCCCUCCCCUGGAGCUGUCGGUGGAGCGCCUGACGUCGAACUCCGUGGGCGUGCGCUGGCGCGGGCCGGCCGCCGACAGCGCCGUGGGCGAGUUCCUGCUGGCCUACCGCACGCAGGACGAGCGACACGAGCAGACCUUGCCCGCCUCCGCCACCUACGCAGAGAUCAGCAACAUGACGCACGGGGAGCGGUACAUCAUCAGCCUGGACACAGGCAGCGAGCCCGCCGAGGGAGAGAGCGUGCCCAGCGGGAACCCCCUCACCAGGCUCCACACCGUGCGUCCCAACCCGGUGUCGAACGUGGCGGCGCUGGUGGACACCCGCAACAUGACGCUGGAGUGGCCGCGACCAGGGGGCAGGGCCGAGCGCUUCCAGCUGCGGUGGAGACCUUCCGACCCUGAGGACGCCGGGAUGCCCGAGCAGGAGCGCAACCUGACGGCGGGGUCCGGCAAGACGGUGCGCGCGCUGCUGGACGGGCUGCAGCCCGGCACCGGCUACACGCUGCACAUCGCCGCGCACUCCUACAACCUCACCAGCGACACCUUCACCAUGGACACCAGGACACGUCCGUUGAUUCAGUCGGAGAUGACAAUCGUUAACGAGUCGGGCGACCCCGACGCCGAGAACGAGACUCUCCCCGCCACUCUGAAAGUGAUCUACACGCGCACGCCGGAGUCGGCGUCCCGGUUUGACGGCUACCGGUUUCGGCUCGAGGCGGCCGGGUCCGAGCCGCGCGAGGAGCUCCGCCCCGCAGACUCCGCCUCGCAGCACGUCGUGUUCCGGGAGCUGGUGCCCGGCCGCCUCUACAACGUCACCAUGUGGACCGUGGCCCGCAACGUGUCUUCGCACCCCGUGCAGCGACAGGCCAGGCUGUUCCCCCGGCCAAUCACGCAGCUGAAUGCGACAGAGAUCGGGGCGCGCUCGGUGGCGCUGCGCUGGGACCGGCCCGCCGGGGACUUCUCGGAGUUCGAGGUGCAGUACCUGGCGGCGGCCGACCAGCUGCAGACGCACUACACGCCGCUGCUGGGCCUCACCGUGCCCGACCUGCGCCCGCACACGCUCUACACCUUCACCGUGGUGGUGGUGGCGGGGUCCCGGGGCUCCAUCCAGACGCUGUCCCGCGCGCACUCGGCCGCCUUCACCACGCGCGAGGCCGUGCCCGGGCCCGUCUCCGACUUCCGCCUCGCCGACGCCGCGCCUCAGUCGCUGAGUUUCGAGUGGUCGCUGCCGGCGGCGGCGCGCAACGGCGUGCUGCGGCGCUUCGUGCUGCAGUACGCGCCCGCGCACGCGCCCGCCGACGCCCGCACCGACAGCUUCCCGCCCGACGCCAGCGGCGGCCGCGUGCUGGACCUGUCGCCAGGCGUGACGUACGCGUUCUCGCUGUGGGCGGAGACCGGCGCGGGCGCGGGCCCCGCCGCGCGGCUGGCGCUGGCCACGCCCAUCGCCGCGCCGCCGCCGCCCGCGCCGCACGCGCUGCCGCUCGAGGUGCCCGGCUCGCGCUCCGUCUCCACGGUGGCCGUGCGCUUCCGGAAGGACUACUUCUCUCCCGCCAACGGCAACGUGACCGCCUACACGCUGGUGCUGGCGGAGGAGCCGCGCAACGACACUCCGGCGCAGCUCCCCAGCUGGCGCGACGUGCACCGCCUGCCCGUGUGGCCGCCCUACCAGGUGACGGAGCCCUACUACCCGUUCCACGGCGCCGCGGUGGAGGAGUUCACGAUCGGCUCGGAGCGCUGCGAGCGCGGCGGCCGCGCCUACUGCAACGGGCCGCUGAAGCCCGGCACGCGCUACUACGUCAAGCUGCGCGCCUUCACCGCGCCCGACAAGUUCACCGACACGCUCUACACCGCGCUCUACACCGAGGUGGACAACACGGCGUGGAUCGCGGGCGCGUGCGCGGGCGGCGCGCUGGCGGCGCUGGGCGCGGGCGCGCUGCUGGCGCUGCGCCGGCGCCGCCAGCGCGCCGCGCCCGCGCCCGCGCCCGCCGCGCCGCGCGCCUCGCGGCCCGUGCGCGUGGCCGACUUCGUCGACCACUACCGGCUCAUGUCCGCCGACUCCGACUUCAGAUUCAGCGAAGAAUUCGAGGAGCUGAAGCACGUCGGGCGCGAGCAACCUUGCACGGCGGCCGAUCUGCCGUGCAACCGGCCCAAGAACCGGUUCACCAACAUCCUGCCGUACGACCACAGCCGCUACAAGCUGCAGCCCGUCGACGACGAGGAGGGCUCCGACUACAUCAACGCCAACUACGUGCCCGGACACAACUCGCCCAGGGAGUUCAUCGUCACCCAGGGCCCGCUGCACUGCACCCGCGACGACUUCUGGCGGAUGGUGUGGGAGUCCGGCUCGCGGGCCAUCGUCAUGCUCACCCGAUGCCAGGAGAAAGGUCGUGAGAAGUGCGACCGCUACUGGCCGUACGACACGCGGCCGGUGUACUACGGCGACAUCGCGGUGACGUCACUCAACGAGUCCCGCUUCCCGGACUGGACCAUCACCGAGCUCAUGGUGUGUCGCGGCAACGAGCAGCGCGUCGUCAAGCACUUCCACUUCACCACGUGGCCGGACUUCGGCGUUCCCGAUCCCCCCACCACCCUCGCCAGGUUCGUGAUGUCGUUCCGCGAGCGCUGCCCGGCGCGCGCCGACUGCCGGCCGGUGGUGGUGCACUGCUCGGCCGGCGUGGGCCGCUCGGGCACCUUCAUCACGCUGGACCGCGCGCUGCAGCAGCUGGCGGCGCGCGCCGACGAGCUGGACAUCUUCGGCAUGGUGCACGCCAUGCGGCGCGAGCGCGUGUGGAUGGUGCAGACGGAGCAGCAGUACAUCUGCAUCCACCAGUGCGUGGUGGCCGUGCUCGAGGGGCAGGACCUGGCGCCCGCGCACAACCACAACCACAACCACCACCACAACCCCGCCUUCGAAGAUGACGAGGGCAUCGCGGAGUCCGGCAUGUAGCCGCCGCCGCCGGCCGCGCGCUCACACCGCGCUGAGGACACUGCUCAAACGUGUCCAUAUUUUAUACAUGACGACGCUUCCACGAGACGAGUUAAUAAUUAGUUAUUCAGUUUUUUAUAUACAACGUAUCUUCCUUAGAAGUACUUUAAAGGAAUUGUCAAUUGUAGCGGCUUUUUUUAACAAUAAACCGCGCCGUCCGACCUCGUACUUAAUUCUCUAUUCAGAUAAAUCUAUUUAUAUCGUUGUACAAUAGUCAUAAGAUUUCGAUAAAUAUAUUUUCGUAGGUUUUUAUUGCGGCAGAAAGAGGCGAACCAUUUUAUGUAUAUAACUGUAUAGAAUAAGUAUUAACCGCGCGAUCUGCUGCCGCUGUUUAUAUUUUUAUAUAAAAUGUAUAGACUUUUAUAUUUCUACUUGUUACAAAUGGACUAAAGCGUACUUAACUAACGUUGAAUCUCAAGUGGUACUUAACUUCCCCUGCGCUCGCCUGAGCUGCCUCUUCGAGAGCGCCCUGUCUUUUUCUUAACAUCAUUACCUUAUUACCAGAACCUGCGCUCAAUAAACAACUUUUAUCAUCAUAAAAUAUUAUAUGUAGGUAUAUAUUUUGUUAAUUCAAAACGAUCUUUCAACGAGGACGUUAUCUUAAACAUUUAGACAGCAAAUGUAAUUAUUUUGAAUAUAUUUGCAACACUACAGUGUUCAUGUAAAAAUUCGUUUUAAUUAUAACGCACCAAUUUAUACCUAUUAAUUUAUAUUGACGAACUUUCAUUUUUGAUGAAACGUUUAACUAUUUGAAAUGUUUAUUUUAUUUCAAUGAUUUAUGGAUUCAUUUUUAGUCAAUUUAAUUUGAACUUGAAAUGUAAGUACUGAAGCUAGUAAUAAUUUCCACGACUGAACGCAGCCAGGCAGUGGCCGCCGCACUCAGCGAGGCAGCUCCUCUUUCCUCUGUUAACCUGACUGCCGAGUCUAUUAUCGAAUUUAAGCAUACACUCGACACGAGUAAUUGUACUAUAACUUAAUAAAUUCGUUUUAUUUUUCUA